CACCUGGCUCCUCCCACCACCAAGCAAGAAGCACAGUGUUUUGUGACCCUACUUAGAUUCUGGAGACAGCACAUUCCUCUCCUGGGGGUUAUCCAGCCCACAUGUCAAGCGGUGCGGAAAGCCGUGAGCUUCGAGUGGAGCCUGGAACAGAAGGCUCCUCCACAGGUCCAGGCUGCUGUGCAGGCUGCUCUUCUGCUUGGAUCAUAUGAUUACGUAGACAUGAGGGUACUUGAGGUCUCAGUGGCAGAUAGGGAUGCUGUUUGGAGCCUUUGGCAGGCUCCUGUAGAUGAACCACAGAAGAGACCACAGGGAUUUUGGAGCAAGGGUCUACCAUCAUCUGCAGACAACUAGUCUCCUCUUGAGAGGCAACUUUUGGCUGGCUACUGGGCCUUGAUGGAAACUUAAUGUUUGACAAUGGGUCACCAAGUUACCAGGCAACCCGAGUUGCCCACCAAGUCAUAAAGUAGGACGUGCAGAGCAGCAAUCUAUCAAAUAGAAGAGGUAUACAUACAUGAUCAGGAACGGGCAAGUCCUGAAAGCACAAGAAAGUUACAUGAAGAAGCUGCCCAAAUACGGGUUUCUACACCUAUUACAACGCCAUCUGCUGCCAAGCAUACAGUUAGAGCAUAAUAGGGUGUGCCCUAUGAUCGGUAAACUGAGGAAGACUAGGGCCUUCUUUCUACCUGGCUUACUGAUGGCUCUGCAGGAGCCACGGAACCCCUUUCUAAUUACAACCCCUUUCUAAGAUGCCAGUAGACAGAACUUUGAGGAGUACAUUUUAUUUGGAAGAAGAAAUGGCCAGAUGUGCAACUGACUUAUUCAUGGUCUAUAGCCACUGGACUGGCUGGCUGGUCGAGACUUGAAAUGUCCUAUGUAAAUGCUCGUCAAAAGGCCACAGCAGAGAAGGAAUUCAGUAAUCAAACAGAUAGGAUGAUCCAUAUUGUUGCUCUUUCCCCAACCAUUUCUGUCAUUGCCCAAUGGGCCCAUGAACAAAGGGGCCAUGGUGGCAGAGAUGGGGGUUAUGCAUGGACCUGACAACACGGAUCGACACUCACCUUGCUGCAGCUGCUGCUGAGGGCCAGUGUGCAAGAGCAGAGACAAACACUGAGCACCAGAUCUGGCAUCACUCCCUGGAGUAACUAGCCAGGGUCCAGUUGGUAGGUUGACCGCAGUGGACCACCUUCUCCAUAGAAAGGACAACACUGUCUUUACUCUGGUUAUGGAAUUGCCUUUCCUGCACGCAAUGCUUCUGCCCAAACCACCAUCCACCGACUUACAGGAUGUUUUAUCCACUGUCAUAUUGCUCCUGACAAAGGAACCCACUUCACAGUCAGAGAAGUCUAACAGCAGGCCCACAAUGUUCACCAUGUUCCUCACCAUCCUGGAGUAGCUGGCCUGACAGAAGGAAGUAGCCUCUUGAAGACAGAGUUACUGCACCAAUUAGAUGGCAGCAGCCUGGAGGGCUAAGGCAGGCUUCUCAAGGCGGUAUAUGCUGGGAAUCAGCCACCAAUAGAUAGCACGGUUUCUCCCAUAGCAAAGACCCACAGGUCCAGGAGCCAAGGAGUGGAAAAAGGAACAACAGUUCCACUCACUGUCACCCCUAGUGACCCACUACGAAUUUCUUUUCCUUUCUGUUUCCUUCCUUAA